AUAUUUGUUUCCCUUUAAAGAAAAUUCCUUAAUACAAAAUCUCCUCUUUCAAACAGCGGCUGAGGUCAAGGUCAAGGAGUGAGAGAGAGAGAGGCGUGGAUGUAGCAGGAAUAACAAGAAUGAGGGAGACGGUGGAGAGGGCGAAGAUGGCGGUGAUGGCAGUGGUUGUGGUGGUGGUCUUACUCGCCCUGCCCUUGCCUACACGAGGUCAAGAUUUAUCCUCAGAGUGUUGGUCAAGCCUGAAGGGAGAGGAGGAAGCCCCGUCGCCUCCCCCCUCCCAGCGUGACCUGAACAACAUGGGUGUGUUCGUGGCUCAGUUCGUGAAGGUCAUUGGCGUCACGGAGGUGUACCUGUGUGUCACGGAGGAGUCAGGUCUCAAGAACAAGACCACUGAACGCACCCUCGCCGUCGCCCUGGCCCGACGCAGUGUGUUCUUCAUGCCCUGUGACCUUGACAAGAUGAGAAGCGUCCUGCAGGCUAUCGUCAAAGGCACCACCUACUCCUCCCGCACGCCCACAGCCCUCCAGCACCCAGCAGCACUGCACAUCACCUCUCGUAGUGCCCUGGCGACGACCCUGGGGAAGCUGCACGGCACUCUGUCCGGCUGGGGAAUUCCGACUGGUCAGCACAUCCUCCUUGGUGUCGAUCUUCCAAACUGUGACGUGUUUUUGGAGAACGUCACCUCCCACUGGUACCAAGCCUCCUAUAGAAUGGAAAGCGGAACAGUGGCGGCCGAGGAAGUGUUCUUGUUCGGGGACGGGCGGGAAGCGUUGAAGGUCCCUGUAGCGUCUUGGAGCGCCACACGCGGCCUGACCAUCCUCUACCAGCCAGGCAUCGGACCAAGUGACUUCCAGGGGCAUGCAGUCAACGUUGUCACCAUCAUUGACCGCCCUCUGGUGAUGAAGAUGCGGGUCUGCCGCACCAACACCUCGCGCCCCUCCUCAUCCUCCUCCUUCAUGGACAGGCACACGUGCUCUAAACACUUCCUCAGGAUGGAAGGUCAAUUUGGCACAGGGAACCAAACAGUGAUCACGGGCUACCUGGUGGAGGUGUUACUCAGCCUUGCCAAAUCUUUCAACUUCACGGUACGGUUGUCAACGCUGCCGCCCGACGAUGCCGUGUUCGGAACGGAGAUGAAGGACGGCAACUACAAUGGCCUCAUCGGGGCCCUGCAGAGGAAGCAGGCUGACAUUGCCCUCGCCGCCUUCAGCAUCACAGACGAGAGGCUAAAGGUGGUGGAUUUCUCUGAGGUAAUAGGUUACUCCGGCAUGAAUAUUUACGCCCAGAGAAACUCGUCGCUGGAGAGCAUCGGCUGGGACACCUUCGUCCGGUCCUUUCACUGGGAGACGUGGCUGGCCAUCCUCACGCUGCUGGGGGUCAUGACGGUCGGGCUGUGGGUCAUCGUGCGCCAACAGGCAAACGAGGACCAACACUUCGCCAAGGGGAGCAAUGUCGCCUUCAUACUCUUCUCUUGCCUCGUCCAGCAAGGUUCCUGGAUCCUCCCAACCACAGGAAGGGCUCAGGCUGUGCUGUGGCUGUUCUGGUUCACCUCCGUGGUGCUUUACGCCUCCUACACAGCCAUCCUCACCUCCUUCCUGACCGUGUCCACCGUCACCCCGCCCUUCAGCACACUGCAGGAGGCUGUCAAGGCGCCUGGCUGGAAGAUUGGCAUGCUCAAGGGCACUGCCACGCCCAAGAUCCUUCAGCGGUCAAAGAAGGAGAGUUACCAGAAGGUGUACGAAGGGCUUGUAAGGGAUCCAAGCCUCUUCUGUGAUUCCCGAGAGGCGGGAUUGGAUCGCAUUAUGAGCGACAGCAAGUUCUCAUUUAUGGCAGACAGGGACGCCAUGUCCUACUUGAUCCGGGGCAACUGCUCAGUCAAAGAGAUGACUGAGAACUUCCUGGCGGGCUUUUCACACAUGGGCUACAGAAAACACCUCCCCUACGCAGAGGUCAUCAACCGAGGGCUGGUGAAGCUGGAGUCAGGCGGCGUGAUGGACAGGAUCCACCAACAGUGGUGGGGCAAGCCGAUACCCUGCGAGGCACAGUCCCCUUUCACACGACUUGGCUUCAGUAACAUCCUGACAGCCUUCAUGUUACUCCUGGCCGGGAUAAUCGUGUCAUCUGCUAUCUUCGCCUUGGAGAUACUCUACACAUCCCAGAGGCCACCAACCCUUGCCCCGCCACAAAUCACCUACGACAAAAUUGAAUUCUUCUCCUCGCACCAACCCCUCAAGCAGGACAACGGAAUGCAAUUCAUGAAGACAGGCGGGAAAGGGAGCGAGCCCUUAAGAUGGUCAAGCAUGGAGCCAUGGAAAAUGAGAGCCAGUAACAGGAGAAGGUUAUGAAGUACAUACUUUCUAUAAAUAUUGCAAAGGCACAACCAUGACUAUCUGAUAAACAAUUCGGGCACUCUGCGUCCACUUCCGUCACCGAGGAGCACGCAGCCUUCAGCACAGUAGGCAGGGCUCACGGCUACAAAAAAAGUUACCGUGUCUUAGCACUUACGUGUUACUAUGGACCACUGGGGCGAGUUAUGACUGACAGUGCUGAAGGAACCAGUCGUUACCAGUUGGAAAUGAGGUGCUGCUGGCGAGCAGUGUUGCUGCGGCAGCGUAUAUGGCGAACAGUAAAGCAAACACAAAAUUACGUAAUCUGAUUGACCUAAACUCACUGCAGUGUACUCACAUCGGGAAACGUAGUAAAGACAAAUUAUAUUAUAAAUGCCCACAGUGAAACAAUGAACAACACAACACUCAACCAAAACACCACAAUAUAAAACAGAGCAACAGGGAUCGAGUCAUUACGUAGUCUAAGUAUCUAUCCUAAAAGUAAAGCUUAACAAAAAAAAGACAAUAUACCCACAUCAGAAAGCAAGAUGAAAAACUGUAAAAACAUUCAUGCAAAGAUAUAGCUCGUGGCAGGGCACCAACGGUUUCAUCCUAAAACACUCGAGUAAGAACAACGUCGUUACACAGCACACUAAAGCAUCUAGAACCAAUGGAACCCCAAGAAAUAAUCCCUGAAAAUACAGACAAUCACCAAACAGAUUAAGCCUAACUACAUUAAAUGGGAACGUGGCGCAGGGAGUGUCCAGCGUCAACACGUCAGUACACAACAGAACGCCACAAAUUCAACAUACACAAUAGUAAAUGAUCACAGUCCAAGAGAGCAGGGGAUCAUCUACAAAUCUUUCAAGGUAAUAUAAAAGGAGAUAAAUACCAAACAUACGACGAAUCAGGACACAGAAGGAGAAUAACUUCAUUACAAACGUGGCGAACAGGGACGUGUCCACGGUUUCCACAUCAGAAUGGUCACGAAAUGCCUCUAAAGAAGUAAAGAAGUAAAAAAUGACAGGGAGCAGCAGUACCACCAACAUCUCAUCACCGUAAACACACACUCUCCCUCUCUCGCGGCCUCGCCGCGCCCUCGUGUCCACCAUGCCAGUUCCCAGCUACUAGUCAUUUUCUGCUACACCGAAUCAUCCUUUUUUUCUGGAGUUAGGGGUGAUUUUCACUACUUGGAGGCUAUGGUGGCGAAUGGUGGAGGAGGAAAGAGCUUGCUGUCACGUUUAGUAUGCUGUUCCCUCCUUAUCAACACAUAAAUCUCAGUAAUAUGAUUAGGAACAUCAUACACUUGGCACACUUGAUAAAGCUGAAAAUACAAAGUGUUCGAGUGUCUGAACAUACUGGGCAUGUGAUACAACUUGUCUUGACGAUAUUUGUAAACCAUUGACGUCUUUGUUGCAUACGAGGUCUCACUACAAGUUCGAUUCGUUUAUACUCCCAUUAACUUUUUAUUUCAACAUUAUUGCUUUCGUCUGACGCAAUAUUAUCACCGGAGCUAAGUGACAACCUUGAAGUGUCGCCUGCUCGACGCCUCAAACGAGACAUCAUACGAGGAUCGAGGUGCAUUUUAUUUUAUUUUUAUAUAUUUUAUUAUUACUUAUCGCCUAUCGUAAUACGCCAUAUGACCCACGUGUAACCUGUUCGAAACCCAAGACGAGAAAGUGUAAGAGGAAACUCCAUUCAAAUGGGUUUAUUUAAUUUUCUAUUGACUAAUUUCCUCUAUCAUACUAAACCAAGAGGGUCACGUGACAACCCGAAGUGUCACCUGUUCAAAACCCGAGACAAGACAGUAAGAAAAUAAUUCAAAGAGCGUCUUUAACUUUUUUUCAUUGCUUUCCUGUCACCGUAAGGGUCGCGAGACAACAAGGGUCACCUAAUCGCAGUCCAAGACGAGACGGCAUAAGGAAGCAAAGUUUAAUUAAGCUUUCCCUACAUCUGUGAGCGACAUUGUUCCGAAGCACCGAGACGAGCUAGUAUCUAUCAAAGGAGUCGAAAUGAUUUGAUUAAUAAAUGACAAUCCUUGAUGGAAAAUAAAGAAAUUCAGGUGAUAUUAACAGACUGAUUCAACUACAACCAUUUAAUGACAGAUGAGCAUUGAAGGAUUUAAACCCAUAUAUGACACUUGUUUAGUCUGAGAGAGUAGUGAUGAGUGACGAAAGAUAAGAAGUGAAGAUCAUAUGAACAGACUAUAAAACGGUUAAGUUAGGAGCAUACGCAUAGCUGCGUGUGGGGGCGGUGCUCAUCUCCGUCCAGUUGGCCCUUUGAGCCUGUGGUGGGAGAAAACCCAUCAACCCAACACAGGGCCAGUGUAACAUCCGGGUGGCCACAGUUUGUUCCCUAGGUCUCCUCAGGUACCCAUUUAUUGACCAUCCUGAAAGGAGGGAUUUACAGCUGGGUGGGACUGCACGCCUACUGCCCGAGGGCCGGAUUCAUUAAACUAUUUACCAGACCGGAGGCCAGGAGGCUAUGAUGGAGGCGAUUUUACAAGGAGCAGUAUAUAAAAGGGUAAAAUGUAAAAGGAGUAAAUAAAAAAAAAUGGGGCUAAGAUAUACAGUGAAGAUAAGAAUAGGUAUAUACAAUGUAAGUAAUAUUAUAGUAUAUGUAGACAAAAUAAUAUAAAGGCAAUGAAGGAAAGAAGUUAAUACAAUGAAAAUAAUAACUAGUAGAUCAAGAAGAAGUGUAGAUACAGUAAAGGUAACAACAGGUUGAUAAAAUAUAAAUAAUGAAUAAUUGAUGCAUAAAAAAAGAUACAAUAAUCAAAAAAGGAAUUAACAGGUAAAUACAAUGAAACGAUAACUAGUAGAUCCAGAAAAUUUAUAAUACAAUGUAGAUGUUGAUAGAUACAGUAUAGAUGGAUAGUGAAAAAUAUAAUAGGCACCAGUACAUAAUGGUAAUGGGCACCUACAACGAACGAUACGUACGGGUAGUAAAGGUAAUAAUACGAUGAUCAAAUUACUAUGGAUGCAAAGUGGUUAAUUUUGAAUACAGACAAUGAUUUAACCAUCUAAAACACUAAUAUUGCAAGACUAGGGCCUGAUUUUUUCAAACGUUGUAUUAAUAUUUAUGAACAGUUACGUGGCUGGUUAUGGUUUUAAUUCUAUUUCUGGGGCUAAGUUAGUUACAUUUUCACAGUUCAGUCAACAUAUUACAAACUCACAGAGGUGGGCAUGUGCGGUACUUAGUGCGGUAGUGGCGCAUCACAAAAAAAGUACCGCACUACCGCAAAAUUCCUGAAAAUACCGCACUACCUCGGACCGCACUAAAAAAUCCUGCAGUACUUUUUGCGGUACUUUGAAAACUAUCGAAGACGACAUUUGGAGCGCGGCAUGCUCACAGAAUUUUUUUUUUUUUUAGUGAAUCGAACUCAGUCAAUCGGUAUUAGUCAUCAGAAUCAGUGAUUCAAUCAUUCUAACUUUUCAGUUAUUGUUCAAAAUUAAAUACUAAAUAGACAGACUAAACUACUACACUGCAAGUUUUCUUUAACCCGCGCGGUGCCGGCCAUUUCACCCUCGGACCCUUGCGUGGUGCCGGCCGAUUUUUCAUUGUACUAUUUUAAGCAUGUUUCCUUUGUUUGGAUAGCCAGGAUAGGCACUGAAGUAUUUUUUAUUUUGACUACCGCUACCGCAGUGCUGCACACCGCGUACCGCACUGGUAAAGAAAAAAUGGGACCGCUCUACCGCAACUGCACUACUCCGGAAAAAGUACCGCACUACCGCAACCGCUCUACUGAUUUUUCAGUACCGCGCCCACCUCUGCAAAUUCAGUUGUAGAAAGUUUUAUAAGAAGAUCAACAAAACAGGAUAAAAGACAAAUCAGCCACACUAUUAUUAAUAAAGACUGAGAUGAUGUUUAAAAAUUAGCUCAGGAUAUGCAAUGAUUACCGCGUGUAUGUAAGUGACUGUCAGUUUCAUGCCAAAAAUGACCACUCAAAAACUAUAAUAUGUUGAGGUAAAUAUUACUCCCGAGAAAAAUAUUAGUAUUCAUAUUGAUAUUAGAAUUAGUAAUCUUCUAUGAAAGCACUUUUAUCAAUCUAAAUCCACCCUUCAAACUCUAUCUUCAAAAUAUAUCAUUAAAAUUGUUUGACAUUACAAAAGUACAUAAUAAUUAUGUUGUCCAAUAAUUAACUCAUAUGUAAAAAAUAAAGGUGCCAUGUAACUUGUACCAAUGAUCAUUAAGAGACUAAGUUAGAAUUAUGACAUCACAUACUGACAGAGAAGUACACAUUACAUCACUUGUUACAAUAAUUAUCAAGUGGCUAAUUUAGUAUAUAGCAGAUGACAUCCCCAAGACUAUGAUGUGUUUAAUUGAGGAAUAAAUCUAUCAUCUUCAAAAA